GUUAAAUGACAGAACAGAAUUACCCACUCACACUCGCCACCGGGGAAAAUAACCGUUAUAUGCGUGUAUCAUUAAUUUGCGGAUUAUGCCUGGGGAAAAUCGUAUAACACCUGUACAGCAAACCGUAUAACAGCUGUACACGGGGCAAAUUAGCCGUUGCUCCCGGCACUCGAAGCUCUGUUUUGGAUUUAAACAAAACCCAAAUACUCAUGGUUUCAGGGUUUUAGAAACUGGAAACGCGCUGAGAUUGGGAGAAUAUAACUCGUAUCAUCGCGCAGACCUUCCACUUGUUAGCUUCCGCGUUCACCGGCACAGGCAGCCCUCCGUGAUUCUUGUUCUUCUUUUCUUCUUCAGCGCUUCCUCCCCUUCUUCUUCUUCUCCUCCUCUUCAGCGGCCUCGAUUCCGUUGGAGAAGAACUCGUUUGCAGCCUCUAAGAGACAGAGACACUUCUCUGUUCGGGAUCGGCACAAUCUUGGAGGAUCGGAACGAUCUUGGAGCCCGGUUGAGAGAAAGAAAGACUGAUAUGGGAGAGGAAAAGAAUUUUCCCGCAGGGUACAGGUUUAAUCCCACCAAGGUGGAACUCAUCGAGCAGUACCUCAAAAGAAAGGUCUCCGGCAAACCCCUUCCCUCCGACAUCAUCAAGGAAGUCGAGCUCUAUGACCUCCGGCCGGAAGUCCUCUAUGAGCGUUUUCCAAAUAGGAGGAUUCGGAGCCGAUACUUCUUCACCAAGUUCGAUGAAAGGUUCAGGAACAAAAAGCAUAGAGACCGCAAGGUCAAGAAUGGUGGCCGCUGGAUUUGCAGCACCGGAGACAAGCCCGUUAUCAAGAAUGGUGGACGAAACACCGGUGGGGUAUACAAAACCUUGACCUAUUUUGAGGGCAACGACAAGUCUAAGAAGACUGGUUGGAUCAUGACAGAAUAUCGUCUUUCCGGGGAAUCCAACCGGCAUCAGCCACCUGCAAACCUGGAAAGUGAUUGGUUGUUGUGCGAGAUCCAUUAUAAAGGGAAUAAAGCUAAGGACGAUGAGGGUGAUGAUUACAAAGAAGAAGACAAAGUAGAAGAUCAGGAGGAGCCGGACUGCCAAGACCAAUGGGAGGAGGGCAUUGGCAAGAGAAAACCUGAACCAUGGCUAGCUGAUGGUGCAUCUACUUCCUAUAGCUUCACUUGCCAUGGUGGUGAUGAUCAAAUUCCACUCAGCAGAGGAGGAGAAGUGAAAGAAGCUGAUGCAUCUACCUCCUAUAGAUUCGAUACUUGCAAUGGUGGGGGUCAAAUUCCAUGCAGUGGAGAAGAAGAAAUGCAGUCACCUUGUGCAUCUACUUCUUAUAGUUUCAGCAAUUGCUAUGGUGAUCAUCAAACUCUGUUUGACAGAGAAGUACAGGCAGCCAAUGAAUCUACUUUAUAUUGCUCCAAUGCUAGCCAUGGUGGUCAGCAUAUUCCAUUAGACAUAGAAGAAGAGGUGCAGGCAGUUGACAUGUCAUCUACCUACAGCUUCAGCACGAGUCAUGGUUUUUUGCAAGUUCCACCUAAUAUGGCUUGCAGCAUGAUCACUAGCAAUACUGCAGGUUUGCUACCAGACUUCACACACCUCCCAGAUGACAUGGCCACGGAUAUCCCUGGUUCUUCCGAAGUUGCAGCCCUUUUGUCCGGCGAUGGCACUGGAGUUGAUCGGUUUCUCCCAUCAUUUGGUGAUUCACAUAUUGUCACCGGCACUGGCAUUGAAGACUGUCCUCUAGAGCAAGCACCUGGUCCUUUUGCUUGUGACUGGAUCAUAGACAACCCUGAAGAGCUUGAACCUUUUAUCCAUUUGAUUCAACAAGAUUUCCCCAACUUGGAGGAGGAUAUGGCUGGGCUUCCCCCGCUAACUGAAGCUGCUUCACCCAAUAAUGCUCAACUUGGUGAAAAAGAUGUCAGCUGCUUCUACUGCUAGAGGAGAGAUGAAAUUGGUGGGAAGUAAACAGUUAGGGGGUUAUCAAAGUUCUGGUCCAUUGACUAGAUUUUUGGCAUUAUGUAAAGAUUAUUUUGUACACAGCAAAGGAAGAUGUAAGAAUGAUAUUCAGCUAGGGAUACACCAAUUUUGUUAUAUACUCAGUAUGAUAAAUUAAACUGAAUGUCUUGCAAUAUCAAUUUAUCAGCAAGUCAGCUGUUUUUAUAUCCUGUUCCUUACCACUCAAGUUGUAUUGUGAUUUGUAUAACUGUAAUUCUAAUGCUAUUUUCAUACGUAGUUGGGUUUGUGUUUUUUUAAAAUCUG